GUUUGCCUGGACGCCAUUCAUGCGUUCGGGGCGUCUGCCUUCUUGUAUGCCCUUGUCAAUCUUGCCUCUGCAAACCCCGGUCAACAUGCGCAGGCAUCCAAGCCCGUGAGGCCAGUGUAUAAAGCUUUCCAUGACUCCAGUCGAACUCUGAUCUUCGUUCCAUUUCACGUCUCAAAGUCACAUCGUACUUGCACAUUUGCGUUCCAACUGUCUUCCAAUUGUUGCUCACUCAUCUCACUUGAUUCGCAAUCUUACCCUCUCGGCUUGGGCAUUCACAUCCAGAUUCGUGCCCAACGCCAAUUUGGGACCAAUUCUUAUACCGCUUCUUGUCUUUGUUAUCCACUUCACUCAGACAUCACAGCGCGAACACACAACUCACAAUGCCGCACCAGAGACACGACUCGCCGCUCGGCGUUGAGCCCGGCAGCCCCAAAGUGGGCUUUGCCGGCGUUACUGGAGUCAGCAGACCUAUGGAAAACGAUGAGCACUGGACUCUCUAUUACUUCGAGGCCCACGCAGCGCUGUGUGAGAUGUGCCACAACCCAUUGAGGGUCUCUCGCGAAGGCAAGCAGCUCUGCCACAUAGGAUACGAGCUCGCCAUAGACGUCGCAGACAUCCUCGUCUACCGCCGCAAAGAUGACAAGGUUUACAGCCGCGUCCGAGAUGGCGAGCGCGAGGUCCGUGUUGAGAUACCGUGCAACUACGAACAGACUCUCUCCCUUCUCAAGGCGAUAAACAGAGCCAUCCGAGAGGGGGAGAAGUUUCCCACCAGGCCUCGAUCAAUGGACAAGAACUAUCUUGUGGAGCCUCGACUUUCACCUGAACAGACCGAAGCGCCACGUCUGUCUAUGCGACGACCAUAUGACACCAAGUUGGUCGAGCCAAAAUCAUCACGCCCCAGGGACAAGCUGCGACGACGCGAGCGUGAGUCGUCAGAGAAUCUCAUUCCUGAUUCAAACCGUGGGUCACUGUACAACGAUGAUAUGAGACGGUUGGAAAGGGCCGAGAAACGCGAACAGGACGUCCGAUACAACGUUCGGACGUGCGAGCCAAAGCUCAAGCACUCGCGACGACCUAUACUCUAUCCUUGAGUGUCCACUGGUUGCGACGACGGGGGCAGCUUGCGUAGUUACUCAAAAUAGCACCGCUGCGUAACCCCUGUCUACACAACACAUUGGUUCACACCACUCGAAACCGACGUACCAAGCUCAACCCCGUUAUCGCCGAAACCUAAAAGAGGAGGACCUGUGACGUAUGGGGAAAAAUAGACCUUGAACCCACAUUAUUCUGCCUCAUUGCGAGGCGAGAAACAGCGGUUCCACACUUUUGCUCUGUCUUGCGCAGCAAUUCUGUUUUGGUCGACCAUCCGACACCACUCUUCUUACUCUGAAUGCUACAAACAGCUCAGACGCAAAGGAUAAUGCAAGGGGGGCCAAUCAUGCGAAGGAAGCCUUGACUAUCCGCGAAUAUGUUGGUGGUGGGCUGUCAGAGGGUCGAGCUCGCCACUCUUGCGAGAGUCGGCUGGCAGCUCCCUUCCCUUCGCAAGCUGUAGGAUAGUUGUAUUUUUCGUGGCGCACUGCAAAGACUGUCGCCUGUUUCUCUCGGUAGAGCAAUCCAGAUGCUAGUUCUCGAGCGUUCAGCGUUUUGACUCUAAUCCCG